AUGUACGCGAGGAAGAGAGCCACUAGCCGAAUUACGUCGCACUACGUCAUCUCCAUGAACAAGGAUGACUUGUUCCUGUCUCGAAUGAUGCGGAGUCACCAGUAUAUCGGCAAGUUACGAUCAUCCACUAGUAUGAUGGAAUACAGUUUGUACGACCAAGGAGACAACCCGGAGGACUUGGAUUCCGAUUGUGAAAUUGAUGACGAAGUCAGACAAAGCAUUCGAGCUGAACUUGCUAUGAUUCGGUACCACUACUCCAAAAAGCCAUACCCUCGUAAAAUGGAGGUGGUGAUCCCAGCGAUCCAAGAAAAUGGUCAAAGUUACUUGGAGUGGCGACCACUCUCCCGUGAUCAAAUGAUGGAAGAACACGUCCGCAACAUCGCAUCAGCGGGUGGUCAGAACGUCAUGGACGCUAACAAUUUCGUCUUCCUGCACAAACGUGAGACCAAGUAUGACCCUCUUUCGUCCUGCAUCGUGGACUUCCGCAGUCGUGCAACUUGCGUUUCGGUGAAAAACUUUCAACUUGUACACUCCGAGCCGACCAACGAGCAAAUGCGUGAACAGUAUCGCAAGACUUACCCUGAUUUCGUCUAUGAUGAUCAAGGCACCGUCUCCCUCCCUCAAGAAUACGUGCUACUUCAACUCGGUAAGGUCGGCAAGGACUGCUUCAACAUGGACUUCCAGUACCCCUUGUCCAUGUUGCAAGCCUUUGCCAUCAGUCUCAGUCGAUUCGACACCAAGCAGCGAUAA